AUGAACUCCGGAAUAAUAUCAUUGGAUAAGAAAAAUGAUAAAAAUAUUGAAAGCUUGCCACAGCUAACAUCCCCGAAAUAUGCUUUAAUAAAAAAGGCACUAUCUCCUAGAAUUAUGAUAAAUUCAUCAACAUUAUUAUUAUCACCUCAUAAAGAAAGCAAUGAAAAAGGAUUAAUCUAUUCAAAUAAAAGGCACGAAAGCCUUAGUACAAUUAUAACUUCUGAUGUUUCUGAUCAAUCUAUGCCUAAAUUAAACCAAAAUGAAACUAAAUUCAAUUUUUCGACAAUUUCAUCGCAAGUCAAAGAAUCCCUUAGUUCCCGAAGACAAAACAGGCAAUUUUCUAAUAUUUCUGCUGAUAUCGGAGAUACAUCAAAAAAUAAAAAUUUAUAUAUAGAAGAACUAAACCCCCCAUUAUUUUCAUCAUUUUCAAAAGAAACUGAUGCUAAAAGUCCUAAAAAUCUUCAUUCUCCAAGCAUAUCAUUUGAUAAAAAGUGGUAUAUGGACAGUCCUGUCGUAAAAUUGUCAAUACUCGAAGGUGAGUCUCCAAAGCAAAGAACUUCUCUAGGAGUUUCCCGAUAUCCAUAUAUAGAUUUUUCUGAAAGCCAAUCCAGAAAAUCCAAAAAAGAAGCCAGUUUGAUUAAUAUUCAUACCCACCUAAUGAAAUCCAAAAGUAAAAAGCACCGCAAAUUCAACUCAUAUUAUAAAGCCACUAAAGAGAAAAUUAAUUUGCAUUUAUUAAAUGAGCAGCUAUUUCAAGACUUAAACGUUAAAAAGUUGUAA